CGGCCUGCUCCAUGUGGCUGUAGUUUGCGGAUGUGCACGCGUGUCGCUCAGCUGACAGACUCACAGCAAGGUUGCAGCAGCAGUGGGUCGAGCGGGCGGACUGUCCCAGGCUAUCAUGGCUGACAGCUCCUCUCUAGGCAGAGUGAGCGGCUCCACUGAAUCUGUGUCAACCGUCACCAGUGAGGAGUUUGUGCUUGUGCCGCCCACCGCUGGGGGCUCCCCCUCCAGCUCCGAGGGGAGGCCCAGGCUCAAGAUGUCGUGGAAUGGGAGUGAGCAGCUGGAGCGGGCGAUGGAGGAGGUCUUGGAUGAUGUUGGUGAUGUCCCAGGAUCUGCAGAGGAGAAAGAAUGUCCUGCAGAGCUCAGCUCUAAGAUCAGACCACCCAGCCUGACUCUGGACACUGCUCCUCAUGAAGCAUCAGCAGCAGUUUUGGAGAGUUCGACAGAACAGGAGGAAGACAGUGUGCAGUUCAGUAAGCUGUCCUAUCUUGGCUGCACCUGGGUGAAGGCCCCUCGUAACGAGACGGAGGCCCAGAAAGCCAUGGCCACCCUGCGGGCAGAGAGCGUCAUCCCCAUCCCUGUCACCCUCCAUGUGCCCAACUGUCCAGACGGUUGUGUCCGGAUUGUCGACCAGGCCACUGGAACAGAAAUUGCAUCUUUUCCCAUCUACAAGGUGUUGUUUUGUGCCCGAGGAUGCGAGGGAUCUGUUGAGAGCGACUGCUUUUCCUUCACCGAGAGCUACCGCAGCGCGGAUGACUUUCAAAUCCACGUCUUCUCCUGCCAUAUCAAAGAGGCUGUUAGUCGCAUCCUCUAUAGCUUCUCAACAGCCUUCAGGCGUUCGUCAAAAGCUGCCACAGACAUGCGAGACUCGCCAUUGCCACUUUCCCCCGAUAGCGAUGUCGUCACCUUCACCGUUUCUCUAGAAGUGAGAGAAGAUGAUGGCAAAGGAAACUUCAGUCCAGUUCCCAAAGACAGGGAUAAAUAUUACUUCAAGCUGCGGCAGGGUGUACAGAAAAAGGUGGUGGUCACUGUCCAGCAGAUGAACAAUAAGGAGCUGGUAAUAGAGAGGUGCUUUGGGAUGCUGCUUAGUCCUGGUCAGAAGGUUCAAAACAACGACAUGCACCUCCUUGAUAUGGAGUCUAUGGGCAAAAGUGCUGAUGGGAAGGCGUAUGUGAUCACUGGCACCUGGAAUCCAAACACUCCGGCUUUCCAGCCACUGAACGAGGACACGCCGAAAGACAAGCAGGUAUACAUGACGGUGGCAGCGGACCUGGUUGUGACCGAGGUUGUAGUACAUGUUCGGUUCCUCAUGAAGGCGCUAGUGCGGGUCUAUCCGGCUAAUGAGAGGUUCUGGUAUUUCAGCAGGAAGGCCUUCUCUGAAACGUUUUACCUCAAGCUCAAACAGGGCACAGGGAAGGGCAGCCAGGGAGAUGCCAUGUAUGAAGUGGUCAGCCUGCAGAAACAUACAGAAUGUGCAGCAGGAGCACGUGGCCGCCUGCAGUCUCCCACAGAGGAGGAGGAACCAGAGGAAGAAUGCAUCUCUAUGGCUUUGUUUACAGUGUGUGUUUGCUCUAUAUGUUUGCAGGGCACAGGGAAGGGCAGCCAGGGAGAUGCCAUGUAUGAAGUGGUCAGCCUGCAGAAACAUACAGAAUGUGCAGCAGGAGCACGUGGCCGCCUGCAGUCUCCCACAGAGGAGGAGGAACCAGAGGAAGAUAGCGACAGUGAGAUCUCUAGUGGGACAGGAGAUGUGUCGAAGGACUGUCCCGAGAAGAUUUUGGAAUCCUGGGGAGGGAUCCUCAACAGAUGGCAAGGAAACCUGUUGGCGCGACCCAAGGGUCUGUCUGCUCUGGUGAAGCCUGGGAUCCCGGAGGCCUUACGAGCUGAAGUCUGGCAGCUCCUGUCUGACUCCCACAACGAUCAGCCUCUGCUGGAGCAAUACCGCAUCCUAAUCACCAAGGACUCCGCCCAGGAAGCCAUCAUCACCAGAGACAUCCAUCGCACCUUCCCUGCUCACCACUACUUCAAAGACUCAGGCGGCGAUGGCCAAGACUCUCUCUACAAGAUCUGCAAGGUGAGGUUGCAGCUGCUCAUCCUGCAGGAAGCUCAGCAGCUGUCAGGAAUAUUAAUGACGGAGCCCGUCUACCUGCAGGAGCCCAUUGAGCUCGGGACACACACGCUGUCUAUGCCUGAGGAGCAAGCUUUCUGCGUGCUGGUGAAGAUAAUGUACAAAUAUGGUCUCCGGGAUCUCUACAAAAACAACUUUGAAGAUCUUCACUGCAAGUUCUACCAGCUGGAGCGUCUGCUACAGGAGCAGUUGCCGGACCUGUGGUCUCACUUCCAGGACCUGAACCUGGAGGCCCAUAUGUACGCGUCCCAGUGGUUCUUAACACUGUUUACCGCCAAGUUCCCUCUCUGCAUGGUCUUCCAUAUCACCGACCUGCUCCUGUGCGAGGGGUUGAGCAUCAUUUUCAAUGUGGCGCUGGCUCUUCUGAAGACCUCCAAGGAAGACCUGCUUCAAGCUGACUUUGAGGGUGCGCUGAAAUUUUUCCGGGUCCAGCUCCCAAAACGCUACAGGGCGGCAGAGAACGCUCGGCGCUUGAUGGAGCAAGCCUGCAAUAUCAAGGUGCCAACAAAGAAGCUGAAGAAGUUUGAGAAGGAGUAUCAGUCUCUGAGAGAGAGCCAGCUGCAGCAGGAAGACCCUAUAGACCGAUAUCAGAGAGAAAACCGGCGGUUGCAGGAGGCCAGCAUGCGUCUGGAGCAGGAGAACGAUGAUCUCGCCCAUGAACUGGUGACCAGCAAGAUAGCGCUGAGGAACGACCUGGACCAGGCUGAGGACAAAGCUGAUGUUUUAAACAAAGAACUGCUCAACACUAAACAACGCCUGGUGGAGACCGAGGAGGAGAAGAGAAGACAAGAGGAGGAGACGGCACAGCUGAAGGAAGUGUUCAGAAGAGAGCUGGAGAAAGCCGAAUUAGAGAUCAAGAAGACCACAGCCAUCAUAGCCGAGUAUAAACAGAUAUGUUCCCAGUUAAGUACGAGGCUGGAGAAACAGCAGGAGUCCACAAAAGAGGAACUGGAUAUAGUUAAAGCUAAAGUGAUGGCGUGUGAGCGCUGUAGGGAAGUGUUCAGCAAAGACGGACCCCUGCAGAUCCCGGCGGUGAGUCAGGACAACCGGGACACGGACCUGGACGAGGAAAAGGACUCGCUAAAGGCUCAGCUCCGAGAGCUAGAACUGGAGCUGGCGCAAACCAAACUCCAGCUGGUGGAGGCCAACUGCAAGAUCCAGGAGCUGGAGCAUCAGAGGGGUGUUUUGAUGACUGAGGUCCAAGCUGCCAAAAACUCCUGGUUCAGUAAAACACUGGGCUCCCUCAAGAAUUCAGCCAGUAACCAGUCACCCUCCUCACCCAAAGAGGGCCAGUAGGACUCGCCAAGGGCUUAACCAAAGGGUACAGGAGCGUGACCCUUCCACUUGGCCAAGCGGAGUAGAAAACAAGCUCUAAUAAACACUACUAGCAACACAACAUGGCAAUGCAGUAUUCCCUCGCAUGGACUAAUGAACGACUUCCACAUGCAUUUAACAGUCUGUUAUGAUUUCCUUAGCUUGUGAUGCUAUCUACUGGACAGUAACAGUACUACAGUGAUAAUUAUUACAUUUAUCAAUGUUCAUCGAGUUAUCCACUUCUGCAGUGGAUUUUUUGUUAGUAAACAGUCAGUUCUAGCAUGCAAGUACAUAAACUUUGACCUUUAGCUGCCAAUUCAAAGGUUGUUUUUUUUGUCAGAGGGAAUACUGCAUUCUGCUAACAAUUAAAGUAAAAAAAUCGUUUUGUGUUUCUAUAUAUAAAUAAUAAAUGUAACAGGUUUGUCAUAUAAAUGUGUAUAACUAAAUGUCGAUUUUUAUUUUGAUCUUGUACAGUUCUGAAAGAAAAGUGUUGCAUUAUUUUUUACGAUUUUGAAUAUGAAUGUGCUCUUUAUAAAUGUCAAAUGCCGAAAAGCACAGACAAAUUGGCCAUGUAUCACAUGGCAUUCCCUCCGUCCGUUUUCGCGGUUUUAAAUUGCUGUAGACUGUUUGGGGAUCCGUUUCGCUGUGAGCAGAUCACAUGAUUUAUCAGACGACGCAGACCUUGACCUUGUGGCCACACAAUAUUGACCUGCCAAGUCGCACAUACUGCUUGUUUUAUGUUAUUUAACAGGUAUACAUGAGCGAUUGGGUGACUGAUGCCAUGCGGACAUCAAGAAUGUGUCAAUGUCUCUUUUUUGUUCUUUUUUUAUUUUUUA